GUUAAGUUGCAUCAAAAAAUGGGGAAGCAUAACUUAAAAACACACACUCAUUUGUUGUAAAACUCCAUUUUAGAAGAUUAGCAUGAGCUUCGGCCUACCCCCUAAGUCCUAACAAUGUACAUAAGACGAUUUUGCUCAGCUACCGCAUUGGAGUCUUCAUCGCUGACAGAGUCCAUAACAAAGCUCAAGCAUCUUGUUCAUCAAAAAUUGAAUGAUCAGGCCUUGAUAUUUUACAAACACCAACUCCAUGGAAACGCCUCUGUUUCGUCAUCCUUCAUUCUUCCUUCUGUUAUCAAAGCAUGUUCCCAAUCUCAGACAACCCAUCAGCUAUUUGGGUUUCAGCUUCAGGGGUAUAUAUUUAAAUCAGGGUUUGAUUCAGACCCUGUUGUCACCAACUCUAUGGUAUCAAUGUAUGCUAAGUUCUUGGACACUGGAAGUGCAUCUAAAUUGUUUGAUCAAAUGCCUUGUAAAGAUACCGUGUCGUGGAACGCUAUGAUCAAUUGUUUGGUUCAGAAUGGUUGUGGUUUGGAGGCGCUUGGAGUGUUUAGGGAAAUGUAUGCGCUUGGGUUUGUGCCGAAAGCGGAGCUGAUUGCUAGUGUGCUUUCGGUGUGUGUUCAGAGUGGAUGUGUGGGAGCUGGAAGGGAGAUUCAUGGUAUUGUUGUUGCUGAUGAAAGGAUUGAUGAGACGGUGUUUUUGUCAACGGCAUUGAUAGAUUUGUAUUGGAGGUGUCAAGAGCCUAGGUUGGCCUUUUACAUUUUUGAUAAUAUGGAAGUCAGGAAUGAGGUUUCUUGGACUGCGAUGAUCUCAGGAUGUGCAGCGGAUCACAAUUAUGAGACGGCAAUUGAUUGCUUUAUUUCGAUGCAGGUUGAAGGAGUGAAGCCAAACAGAGUUACUUUGAUUACAAUUUUACCAGCGUGUGCGAGUACUGGAUGUAGCGAGCAUGGAAAUCAGAUUCAUGGUUAUGCUUUUCGUCAUGGGUAUGACUCGGAUAUCCAUUUCCUGUCAGCUCUGAUACACAUGUACUGUAAGAGUAGCGAAACACUGGAUAAUGCUAAACUAACAUUUGAGUUUUCAAAGAACAAGGAUGUUGUGUUGUGGAGUUCGAUCAUAGCAGGGUGUUCACAAAAUGAAGACAGUUCAGAAGAGUCGAUAAGAUAUUUCAACAGAAUGCAGGAAGGGGAAAUUGCUCCCAACUAUGUAACUAUGUUGGGCCUGAUUUCUGCCUGUACUAACCUUUCAUCAAUUGGUCAUGGACGUGUAGUUCAUGGGUAUGUGCUAAAAUAUGGUAUGUUUUCAGAGUUAUCUAUUGGAAACUGCCUUGUAAACAUGUACUCGAAAUGUGGUAGUCUCACAGAUUCACAUCAAAGCUUUAAAGAAUUAUCUACAAGAGACUCCAUAUCGUGGAGUUCACUUAUCAACGCAUACGCCCUUCAUGGUUGUGGCAAAGAAGCUCUGAGUCUUUUUUACGACAUGCAAAUGAGUGGAAUAGAGGCUGAUUCUAUCACCUACCUCUCUGUUUUAUCCGCCUGCAACCAUGCUGGUCUUGUAGAAGAGGGAAAGACGCUCUUCAAUGAAGCAGUAAAAGCCGAUAACCAAUCACUUGGUGCAAAACAUUAUGCUUGCCAUAUUGAUCUUCUUGGAAGGGCAGGGAAGCUUGAAGAUGCUUGUGAUGUUAUAAAGGCAAUGCCGACGAAACCCAGUAUAAGGAUUUGGAGCUCACUGGUGUCAGCUUGCAAGCUUCAUGGGAGACUAGGCCUUGCAGCAACGUUGGCUCAUCAACUUCUAUUGUCUGAACCCGAGAACGCUGCGCUGCAUACGUUGCUGAGUAUGGUUUAUGCUGAAUCAGGUAACUGGCCUGGUGUAGAAGAAGUAAGGUGUAAUAUGAAAAUGAGAGGAUUAAGAAAGAGUUAUGGAUUCAGUAGAAUUGAGGUGGAGAAUGAACCAAUGUACUUUAGUUUGUCACAUUAAUAAAGUUUAUAAAGUACGCACUAUUUAAAUCAA